UUUUUUUUGGAGUGGGGGUAUAAAAGAAGACGAACAUAAACGAUAAACUGCGUUGAGGGGGAGUUCUCGGAGAUUUCCGUGCUACCAGUAGAUGCUGAAUGUGUGAGGGAGCAGGAUGAGUGCGAGAGAAGCAGGAUGCAAGUUUGGUUUCAAAUAAAUCAAAGAAGCGCUUGGCAAUGAAUGCGACGCUGCUAGCUAAAUAGGGUCUGGCGGAAGGCUCGUUACUAUGGGGACGGGAGACUCCUGCUGGCGCCUCAUGAAACAUGAACUACUCGAAAACUACUUUUACUGCCUAUUAUUGCAAAGCUCCUCUGACUGAACUCCCUCAAAAGAAUAUCAAACAGCAGCAGCUCAUUCAGAACAUUGCAGCUUGGGUUCUGACCAGAACCAAAAAAAACUAUUAUAAUACUGCAGGACUGGUAAAUAAAUAGAGCGAGUUGGGAUCAAUGCCAGCUGCUCAGUGGCAAAGAAAGACGCAUUACUGACAGAUGGCCAGAGGCACCGAGGAAACCACUGAAUGUUUUCUUGGCUCGCCAUGUCAAAGAUGCUUUGUUGUCUUACUGUACCUGCAAUGCCAUGACGACAGCAGUAAACUGGAUUUAAGGAGCGCAACUAAUCCAAGACACUUUGGAGCUCAAUCGUUUUAUUAACUCACUGAUGAUACGGUAUGGAUCAAUCGGAAAAAGUGUUCAUUGAAAACCUGCAACAUGCCAAACACCGCCGGCACUUUUUCCUGCGGGCUCGACCAUACAGGGGAGAACUUCCCACAAUGGCAGGGUUUCUCCUCUACCCGGACACCCCCGCCAAGAUGGAGACCACGUCUCGGGAGGCUUUCUGCUUCAGGACCGUGCCACCACGAGACGGCGUGAAAAGUUCCCUUCCAGCUGCCCAGACGUCCCAGCAGACUCGCCAUUGCCGUCCAGUACCCUUGAAACAAACACAAAGUGGAAAGAGCGAGCAUCUGGAGAUAGAUGAGCAAGCAGACAUCUGUGAGCCAAACCAAGAUCCAAAGAUGCUGUCUCAGUACCAGAAGGACUUUCCGCCUCCGUCUUCCUGGUGCAGGAGGAGAACCCCUGCCCUGCCGCAGCCGGACAACAUUGGCAUCAACCCGGCUUUCAGGAUCGAGUUCGGGACAAUCAACAGGGAGACUUACCCCAACUGGCAUGACCCUUGAACUGGAGCCGCCCUGUCCACCAUUGCUGAAUGACCUUCCAGUAAGAUAUGCUG